CCUCCCGGCCCGCCCGCCGCUGCCGGCCCGCGUCCCCCGGGGCGUCCCCGCCGCCCGUGCCCCCGCCGCCAUGAGGCGCGGCGAGCGGCGGGCGCACGGCGGGAGCGUCGGCAAGGCCGCGCUGGAGGAGCAGCCGCCGCCGCCGCCCCCCGCGCAGCCCAACGGCGGCGCCCCCGGGGCCGAGCGGGACGGCGCCGGGCCCCGCCGCAGCACCGAGUCCGAGGUGUACGACGACGGCACCAACACGUUCUUCUGGAGAGCUCAUACCCUGACAGUCCUGUUCAUCCUCACGUGUGCGUUGGGCUACGUAACCCUGCUGGAAGAGACUCCCCAGGACACAGCCUACAACACAAAGAGAGGAAUCGUCGCCAGUAUUUUGGUUUUCUUGUGUUUUGGGGUGACACAAGCUAAAGAUGGACCAUUCUCAAGACCUCACCCAGCUUACUGGAGGUUUUGGCUGUGUGUCAGCGUGGUCUAUGAGCUCUUCCUCAUCUUCAUCCUCUUCCAGACCGUGCAGGACGGGAGGCAGUUCAUGAAGUACAUCGACCCCCAUUUAGGGGUUCCUCUGCCAGAGAGAGACUACGGGGGCAACUGCCUGAUUUAUGACCCUGGCAAUGCAACUGAUCCCUUCCACAACAUCUGGGACAAGUUGGAUGGAUUUGUUCCUGCUCACUUUUUUGGGUGGUACCUGAAGACUCUGAUGAUUCGGGACUGGUGGAUGUGCAUGAUCAUCAGUGUCAUGUUUGAGUUCCUGGAGUACAGCCUGGAGCACCAGCUGCCAAACUUCAGUGAAUGCUGGUGGGAUCACUGGAUAAUGGAUGUGAUCUUAUGUAACGGGUUAGGAAUUUACUGUGGGAUGAAGACCCUGUCCUGGCUUUCCUUGAAAACCUACAAGUGGCAAGGGCUCUGGAACAUUCCAACCUACAAAGGCAAGAUGAAGAGGAUCGUGUUCCAGUUCACCCCCUACAGCUGGGUGAAGUUCGAGUGGAAGCCGGCCUCCAGCCUGCGCAGGUGGCUCGCCGUCUGUGGCAUCAUCUUCGUGUUUUUAUUGGCAGAGCUGAACACGUUUUACCUGAAGUUUGUGCUGUGGAUGCCCCCUGAACACUACUUGGUGCUGCUACGCCUCGUGUUUUUUGUCAACGUGGGAGGAGUGGCCAUGAGGGAGAUCUACGACUUCAUGGACGACCCGAAGUUCCACAAGAAGCUGGGCCAGCAGGCCUGGCUGGUUGCUGCUAUUACUGCCACGGAGUUCCUGAUCGUCGUCAAGUACGAUCCCUACACGCUCACCCUCUCCCUGCCCUUCUACAUCACCCAGUGCUGGAUCCUGGGGAUUAUCCUGGUGCUCACCUGGACAGCCUGGCGCUUCUUCAUCCGGGACAUCACCCUGCGGUACAAGGAGAUCCGGCGGCAGAAGCAGGAGCACAGGCACGAGAAGGACAAAUGCCUGAGCAACGGGGAUGGACACUCAGCCCUGCUGGAUGAGCCCAACGGGAGCAAGCUCCGGGAGAGGAAGCUCUGAGCACGGACACGGGGCUGACAGGAACUCGCGGUGCCCGAGCGGGCCUGGUGCACAGUCCCAAUCUUAUCCUACCUAACUCCUAAUUGUCCUUGUUAGUGUUCCAGCGUGUGGGAAUCCUCGCGGGGAGGAUGGCACUGACACAGCCCCCCCUCUCUCCUCGUGUCACCAGGGCGGGGCCAGAGGAAGCCUGUGUGGAGGGAGGUGUGUGUCUUCCUGGGAACCUCCUGGUGUGGAGAUGGGGCUCAGAGCACGGCACACAGGGAUCUGCUGCUCCAUUCCCAGGGAGCCGAGAGCUCCGUGGGGCGUUUGGGCAUUAGGAACACUUGUUCUGGAGUGUACAGAGACCAGGCAUGGGAAAUGAAUUCUGCUCUUCCUGCUGGAGCUACCUGGGGCUGUGGAGGAGGAUUGGGUGAAGCGCUGGGCGAGGUGACCGCGGGCACCCGGGGACGUGUGGCCAAGCUGCAUUUCUUGCACAGGAUGUACCACGCUGCACUGCUGCUCCAGCCCCUCCGUGGGGCAUCCCUCUGACUUCCAGCAGCCUGCGGCACGUGGCUGGUGUGCCCCAGCUCUGGGGAGACUGACAGCUUCUCCUUAGCUCUUAUUUUUAAUUUCUCUUUUAGUCUCGGUCAUCUCUUAAAUGUAAGGGAAGGUGAAGUGGGAAAGGUCAACCUGCCUUCGCUCUGCGGAGUAAAACGUGUCACAAGCAGAAA